UCCUGGCAAGGAAGCCAACAAGCCCACACCGUGCUUCACGACCGUCCCCACGACCUCGCAUUGCCAUGGUGCUCCGCACCCUUGAUUCCCAUAGUUUCGCCACAUAAGGCCCCAUACAAACGAGCCGGCCUCACUCCGCGUUGCUACCCAUCUGACCCCUCCAUGGCUCGACCACACCUGGCCGCACACACCAAUGGUCCGGUCACUCAAGGUUCACUAUACGGAUACCGAUAUUGCUUGCCUCACUGGGUUUCGCCUCUCUCGAGUCUCCAAGGCCUACGCGCCCCACGAGUCUCCUUCGGCGUGCCUCCUUUUAGCGAUCCUACAGAGAUCCAUCUCCUUAUGCCUUCGCAGGCACCGCGCCCCACGAAUCCCCGCUCAGCACACUUGCAUUCGCAAGCCUUGCCCUAAACGGCGGGCCAUCCGUCGCAAGACUAACCCUCAUCCGCUCAUACGCUCCCCCGUGGAGAUCCGAGACGGCAUAAGGUAGUGCAAGCGAUCCUAGGAGGAAAGCCUCCCGGCAGUUCCCGCUCCAUAAUGUCGUCGACCUCUGUCUCCGACAUUGCCCUAGGCUCAUGACCCUUCAACCAUCCGUUGCUCAGUCGCACGGCACGCUAGGCUUAGCUACUCCGCUAGCCAAGGGACGACCCAUGUCCUAUGAGUUGCGGGGGAGUUGGGGCCACUCUACGCAGUGUCCACCCCUCCUCCUAUAUACCAUGCAAGACAUCCACCCCUUUGGCACCCCGGGGGUACAAAGGUGCCCACCGAGGGGUGCGUUUUGAAACCCCGCAUGCGGUACUAAAAUCCUUGCCAUGGCAUGGGCCGUUGUUAGGGAAUUGCCUCCGUAGACUUGACAACGACUCCAACCUGACGGAACGCCUAAACUCUGCAACCCCAUAGCUUCGUCAACUCAAUGACUACCAAAUGUGGCCUCCAAGAGCGUCACGGUCAAGCCCCAACGAUCGACCCGUGACACCAUGCUAGACUGCCAUUUGACAUGAUUUUUGCUAGUUUUGCCAAGUCAUAGUGAUACAACUGGCGUUUUCAGCAUCUAGAAAACAACUGUAAUCCCUAUCUUUAGACCAGUUCAUUUUUUUGAACCCUCUCCACUUCAUAGAUACAGCUAGAAACAAUUAAGGAAAAUGAAACAUGACUAAAUUAAGGAAAAUGAAACAUGACUAUAUUUGACUAAAUUAUGUCAAAUUCGUUCAGGUUAAGCCUAAUUUGAUUAAUUCCAUUCAAUAGCUACAAGGGAUUGGUUUAUAAUGUUGAUAAUUCAACAUUUAUCAGACCAGCUAAUGAGCUAAGUAAGGGAAAAGCUCUAUCAACUAGUCAAACUAACCUAGCAUGGAUGGUGAAAAUGUUAUUAGAUUUGUAUUUUAUUUCUUUUCAGUUUUAUCUAUCUGAUUUGUUUGGACUCGUGAUAUUAUUCUUCAGUUUCCUUUUCUGUACUAAAAUUUUAACACUCAAUCUAGGCAAGAAUGUUGCUGAAGUCACUUGUAAUAAUUGGAGCCAUUACCGGAUUAACAUUGGGAGCAAUUGGAACAUCUGUCCCCCGGUUCUUCCCUAAUCUCUUUACCACCGACCGUAUGGUCAUUGGAGAGAUGCACAAAGUGUUGAUUCCAUACUUUAUAGCAUUGAUGGUGACUCCUGCAACACAUAGCCUGGAAGGAACACUGUUGGCUGGCAGGGAUCUUAGGUUUUUGAGUCUAUCAAUGGGCGGAUGCUUUUGUUUGGGUGGCCUUCUACUACUGCUUAUUUGCAGUAGAGGUAGCGGUUUGCCAGGCUGCUGGUGGGCCCUCACAGGAUUCCAAUGGGCUCGGUUUUCACUUGCUUUACAGCGGCUUAUUUCUCCUAGUGGUCUGCUAUACAAUGAGGACUUUUAUCAACCCGGGUAUAUUAAAGCUGAAGCCACAUAGAGGUUCAUUUGCUGAGCAUUCUAUUUUUUUGCUCGGCGCAUUUUUUUCUGAUGGCUGAACCAAAUUAAGUUUAUCUGAUACCUAAACUGAAAGCACUGCUGCUGUCAUCAGUUAAAGGAUUUCAGCAGAGGAAGUUCAUUGAAAUGACUUUUUCCGGUAUAAAUAUAAUUCUUUGUUCCAAAAACUUGAGACAAAGGAUAAUUGAAAGGCAAGUUAUACAUACAUCCUUCAUGUAAGUAAAAUUCUUUUACAGUAAGUUUUGGUCUGUUGUAUUAAUUUGCACUAUCUUCAUUAUAGACAGAAAUGCUAACGUGAAAUUUCCUGUUAGUACUUUUUUCUUUUUAAUGUAAUUUGGUUAUCAUGCAGCUCAGCUGUUGAACAUGGGAAUUUUUUAUUAUUACGCAACAUAACUGCUGAACAUGGAGAUAACUUAAGUUGUUUAGGUAUUAGUGCAACUCUCCAAGGGACACAUGAUUGUUCAGAGUUCAGGCUACUUAUAUUUGUAAUUUAUUUUUCACUUUUA